UUUGUUGUUUUUUUCAUUUCAAUUUCAUGUAAACUUAUUGUUUAUACUUAUUCAUUUAUCGACUAAUAUGUUAGCUCAAGAAUCACAAACCGAGCCAAGUAAUGGUAACAAAAAUCGAACUCCAAGCCGAUGUAGAGAAUGGGAACGUCAAAGGCGUCUUAAAUUCAAUGAAGCAAUUGCUAAAUUAGGUGAAUUAGUACUGACUAUUAAUAAAGAAAAUGGAGAUACUGCAAAUGAUAAAUCAGGCAGCACUCAAUUUCCUAAAAUUGAAAUUAUACAAAAAGCUAUAAUUUGUUUAACAAAUUUUACACAUGAAAAGUCAAAGCUGAAAGCUGAAGUUUUAGCAUUGGAAGUGAAAUUGCAAGGAUUUAAAAAACUAAAAUGUGAUACUAAAGAUGAGUGCGUUCAGGUUACUCUAGGAACAGGAAGAGGUAAACAAAAUAAUAAAUACAUGAAGCUCUUAAGGUUAAAAAAAUGCAAAAAUAAUUUAGACAACAAGGAUGAUAAACCACAAAAAUCAGGGAAGGAUCCUCCUAAGUCAAGAAAAGCGUUAGGACAACUACCUAAACUGUUGCCUUUGCCAAGUAAAAAAGAAAAUACAAUUGUUAUGCUGCCAGCAACACCAUAUAUAUUUCCUCAAAGGCCAAUUUUAUUUCCGACUGCAACUCCAACGUUUGUUUUACUAGAUACCAAUUUACAAUCACUGAAUAAAUUGCCAAUUGUUAAUAGAAAUAUACAUGAUAUUACCAAAACUACAAUGGUAAAUGUGCUACCUAUAUCUGCAUAUUCACGUCCCUUAUCUGCUGCAAAAACAAAGCGAAAUAGUAAACCAAAAAGUACUGUUAAAAAAGGAACAAAGAAAAAAGAUGAAAGUAAUGUAUCUCAGAUACCUGUCAGUACCAAAGAAACUUUAAUUCGCGAAACAAGUAAAGAUGUUGAAGAAAAAAAGAAAACAGACACUGAUAGUUCAGCAGGACUCAUCGAACAAUCGGCAGAAAGCACGAAUACGGUGAAUACUGAUUCUUCAGAAAAACAAAUCUCAACUCAAUCUAACUCGGUCAAUAAUACAGAAGUUCCUAAAGAAACAAAUACAUCUGAAGAAAAUUUCCCUGCCAAAAUAUCGUCUGAAAAUCAAGAGAGUAUUAGUCAAAUGGAUAAGACUUCCAUGCCUCUGAAUACAAAUGUUGGAAGUCAUGCAGUUCCUAACACAAAACCUGCAGCAAAUGAACCAGCAACAACAAACAAAAACACUGAGUUCAAAGAUAAUAAAGAUCAAAUUCAGAAAGAUUCAAAAUUACAAAAUAUUUUGCAGCAGCCGAUAUGUGAAAACGUUGAUGCAGGCAAUGCUAGAUUAGAGUUAGCAGAAGAGUUUCUGGCUGCUUCGCCUACGGCUGCAUUUCUUAUGUCGUUUCCAUUAGUUAGCGGUAAUCGAGCUGACAGUCCCAAUGAGGAAACACCACAGAGUACAAACUUGAAAGAGAAUACUUGUAGAACAGAACUGCCCCCUCAGAGUUUCUUCGAAAAGCAAAAGCCGAAACCCAUAAGUAAACCUCAAAAUGAAAGCAUUAAAACGACAAUUGCUGAGAAAAAUCAAAAUCCCAAAAUCCUAAAUAAAAUUGCAGACAUUAAACCGCCCAUGACAACAGCAAAUGCGAGUGUCGGCAGUGAAAAUCCUUUCCUUAAUUUACCCCUCCCGACGAUUGUUACCACAAAUUGCAGCAUAACUGAUUCUUCAUUUGGCUUAGAUUUCGAUUGCAAUGUAAGUAAAGCCCCGUCGAACCAACCCGCUAAUUAUGUCAGUAGUAAUGCUUUGUUCUAUAAAAGUGAUCCGUUUGCAUCAGUAAAAAACACUGUUUACAGUACUAGUAGCCUGUCUUCUGGUCAUGAAUAUAACAGUCUCGGUCUGUAUCCUUGCGCGGUAGACAACUACUCCUCCAAAAAUAAAACUGACUUUCCUAACAUUGACGAAAAUCUUAUGAAGAUUAACUCAUCUAGACUUACCUAUGAUAUUGAUCUGGGAUGGUCACAUAAAAGUCUUGAUUUCAACUGUACGACAACAUCAAAUUCCCUCCACAAAGAUAAUAUAUUUACUUCAACCCCCUCGACUUACUCUAGCUCUUAUAAUCCCUUCAAUCCAGAAUUCCAUGCUUCUCUAUCCAAUGUAGCUAAAAAAGACUUGUUAACUAGUAAAUCGUCCACUUUUACUGAAGCAAUCACUAGCUUUUAUUCCCAGACCGGGAACUUAUGGGCUGACGAUGUGAGUUCCAUAUUUGCUAAUGCAUCAGCCACGAAAAAUACGCUUUCAAAGAACCAACAGUACACAGAACCUAAUCAAGUCAACAGUAAUGUAAAGGCCUCGAAGCAGUAUGAUUCCAAACAUAAUUUAAUAAAUUUAGACAACCAUAAAUCUCACACAACGGUCACAGGCAACCAACAUAAUGUAUCUGAGAAGUAUACGAAAAAGUCACCCAGUAAAAUGCACAUAAAUUGGAUGACAUCCGAAACCAGACCUUCACAAAACAAUUGUCAACAAAUUCAGUCAGAAACCAAAGAAAACUAUAAAGCAAACUAUGGCCACAUCAACGCAUCGAGAAAAGUGGGUCAAAAUGAAAAUUAUUUUCCUAUUAAUAUGCAUCAUUUCCCAUCGCAAAAUAAUCACGAGGAAUUGCAGAUGUGGCCGCCAACAAAACCCGCAGGAACAGCGGAAAUCAGUAUUGAACCACCGCCAAUUCACUUGCCAACGUUAGUUGGAGAUUUAGCAUUGGGGCCGCACGAAAAGAAAAGAAAUGAUUUAAUCAACAGAGGUAUAUAUCAAGCCGAUCAAAACUGUUCUAACUUCUUCUCUGUCACUCAAUUGAUGAACCGUUCUUCCGAUAUUCCAACUUCGCGGUCACAUGCAACAAACAUUGAACAGAAGCCCAAUACAAAACACAAUUUAAGCCAGAUUGUGAGCGAUACCAGCCGCAAGUCUAUCAAUCCACGCGAAAGCAAUCUUCAGCACUGUUAUGGAUUCGGUGAAGCUAAAGUAACCAAUAACUUUGAUGCACUAAACCAGUUCUCGCAUACGAAGUCGAAAACAAAUAAACAGGAGAAGAAUGCCAAACAACAAAAAAAUAAUUAUUCCGCUGAAGCGCUAAUACGCGGUGGUACGUGCAGUCAAAAAGUGCACGAGAACAAUACAAAAUUUAUAAUACCAUCUCAAAAAUUUGGUGAUUUUAAUGUUACGCACGAUACAAGCGUAGCCCAAGUGUCGCAUUACCCACCACUACUGGAUUAUUCGGAAAAUAGUUACGUCGGCCAACAAUAUUCCACCACAACAUUGUAUAAUUCAACGGCAAAUACAAUGCCUAAUACAUUUUAUUCGAAUUUUAUGCAAAAUGGAAGUAACUUAAUGCCCAGUAGUUACACAGGUGGUCCGUUUACCGGUGAAUUCGUAGAUUAUAACCAGUCAUCCGAAUGCAAUUACGUAAAUCACAAAUACGACGACAUCAAACUCAGAAACAACACAAACUUUCACCAAGACAAAAGCACAAGAAGAGAGGUCGCUAAACACAAACUUGAUUGCAAAAAGGAGACAACUAAGAAAUACCCCACAAAACGAUCGAAAAUUACCACAGAGUCUGAAGAAUGGGGGGAGAAUACAAACAUAUUGUGGCAGAAUAAAGGAAUGAAUAAGAGACACACCAAUAUGAUGUCAGAGGAAUUACAGUUUCCUAACCUCAUAGGCAAUCAGAUGCCCACACAGUAUCAACCAGAUUUUCUCAAUACCCACCUCAUGCCUUCAAACGUUCAGAGUGUAGGGUCUAAUGUCCACGGCGAAAGGACUUCAUCAACAUUCCCUGUAGCUUCGCGGAGUAACUUCAAUCUCAGCACAUUGUUUCCAGAAAUAACAAUGAAAGUGCAAUGAUAGACUGUAAGUAUACGCUAUGAAGACACUAUAACUGUGAUUACUAUAUUUUAUUAUAAUUAUUUAAAUAAAGUAAUGUUGUUCUGACAAA